AAAAAUACACGGAGUGUUAUCGUACUGCAGUACAUCUAAGAUAAAACAUAUAAACAUAUAUAAACGCAUUCAUUGUGACAUGUUAUUUAACAUCUUUGUUAAUCCCUACAAGUUUUAUACUGUGAAAUAGACAUCAUUAGUAGUGAAAAUUUCCAAUGUAACAAUAUCCUUUAUUAUACAUUUUUUUCAAUAUUUUGUUGUAUGAAUGAUGUUGUCUGAUUGAGUAAAUAUGUUGCGAACACGAGGAGGCCAGUGUUACGUUAAAUGGUUAGGAUUACAAUUCAUGAUUACGAAAACCAAUAUCUCACCUCAAUGAUUGUCGAUAUACAAGGUAUUGUGUCAGCCGACCGAUCAUUUCUGUUUAAGGAACUGACUUCUAUUGCAAUAGACUGCACAUCUUUCACCCAUUGGAUGUUCAAACAUCCAAAAAUUAUCAAAUUACAUAAUACUCACUAAGGGUAUAAGGGUCAACUGACACAAAGUAAAUAAUAAACGAAAUAACAGAAAAUUAAUUAAAUAAUUUAAGGAAAAAAAAUAAUAAACCUUGUCAAUCAUAAAUUGUUAAAUUAUAUAAACAGAUUUGAUAUUAAGAAAUCAAGUAAACAAUAAGAAUAAAAGAAAAUAAUUAAGUAUUGCUACUGAUAACGUAGGAGCCAUUAUAAGAUUGAACGAUUGAACGUCGCUCAAGUGGUCGACAAUGCGUAAAUUUACAUUUAUCGAAAUCGUGGCCGUUAAGAAACAGUUCGUCAUGUACGAAGCGAAGGUGACCAUCGGCUGAAAUUGGUUCGUUGGUGUAACUACGUACGGAUCGUAGCGUAGCUUCAUCCUUAAUGGUAAUAACGUCGAUUGCUCAAUCUUUGAAUUCACUUGGUGGUGGGAACUCUUUCAUGGUAUAGAGUGUUUGGUUACGAAAUGGUCCCAUUAUCUUGAAUGGUUGGGUCCAAAGACCACACAUUCGGUCCUGAAGUUAUACCAAAUUUUGUGUCAAAUGUACAUUUUAAACUAAUAUAAAUAAAAUAAUCUCGUAAAUAUUAUGACGACACGGAAAGUAUAAAAUGUUUUUUUCUAACCAUUGUUCUAACAAAACAAAGGUACCUCCAAUCCUGCCUAAACGAUAAUUAAUAUUACUAUUUAUAUUUUCAAUUAAAUUUUGAAAGAUACAAAAUUAUAAAUAACAGGUAAUAUAGUUUUAAAUAAAACUAACAACACGAAAAACGGUGAUUUUUUACACAAAAAUAAUAAUUUUCGUUUAACUUCGACUGAAUAAAAUAGAUAAUAAUAAACAAUUGUUUUAUUUAGUGGCUGUAGUAUUAAAACACAUAGCUUUUACGUGGUUUGUUAAACCCCAAUCGACCAAUGUUUAAUAUAUAGCCUCAGCCUGUGAUUUAGAAGUUCCGUUUAACAUCUUUGGUACUACUAAGGCCACGAUCACACGAGCGUUGAAAGAACGGACGUUGCAACGGACGUUAAGUUAUAACGGACGUCACUACCCUAGUCACACGAACGUAAAAUAGAACGUCAGUUGUUAAUUUAGCAUCCUACAAGAUGGACGAUUUGGAUACCGCGAUUUUUGUAUACUCCGCUAUACGAGUAUUACGAAAAAAAAAACGGGUGAAUCGGAAAUGGUGGGUUCAUCCAAUAAAUAGUGAACGAUUAUUAAAUGGUGCAUUUUACAAUCUGUAUAACUUGCUAAGAGCAGACAAUGCAAAAUUUUUUAAUUAUUUUCGCAUGUCUCCAAGCACAUUUGACGAGCUGUUUAAUAAUAUUAAAACAAAUAUAAUGCGUCAAGAUACAGUUAUGAGAUCUGCGAUACCAGCAGAAGAGAUGUUGGCAGUUACUUUAAGAUACCUGAGUAGUACAAACAGUUUGCAAGAUUUACACUACGAAUUUAGAAUUGGUAGAUCGACUUUAUGUGGAAUUAUACGGAUAGUGUGCUUGAAAAUAUGGGAAGUUAUGCACGAUGAAUGUAUACCAACACCAAAUGAAGAAAAAUGGCUGGAAAUCGCAGAAGGUUAUCAACAACGAGCACAAUUUCCUCAUUGCAUAGGUGCUAUUGACGGAAAACACAUCGAAGUCAUCAAACCACGUGGUAGUGCGUCUCAAUACUUUAACUAUAAACAAUUUUUUUCUGUGGUUUUAUUAGCAGUGGUUGACUCUAAUUAUUGUUUCACGUUUAUUGAUGUCGGUUCCUUUGGAAAGGACUCGGACUCUACAAUAUUUAAAAACUCAACUUUAUAUAAGCAUCUACAAAAUAAUUCUUUAAAUGUUCCAGAACCUAAUCUAAUAAAUGGUAUUCAGAUACCUAUACCAUAUGCAUUUGUGGGUGACGAAGCUUUUGGGUUGUCGACAAAUUUGUUAAGACCAUAUUCAGGAAAAUGUUUACCAGUUAAUAAAAGAAUUUUUAAUUAUCGACUUUCACGCGCACGACGCCAUGUAGAGUGUGCGUUUGGAAUUUUAUCCAAUAAAUGGAGGAUAUUUCACCGCCCCAUAGAUGUUGAUGUAGAAUUAGCAAUUGAUAUUGUAAAAUGUUGCUGUGUUUUGCACAAUUUCGUUCGCACACGUGAUGGAUAUAAUUUUGAAGAUUCUCUAACAGUAACUGGUAUGCAAGAUAUUGAACUAGAUAAUAACUUUAAUGUAAACAGAUCUAUUAACAGAUAUCGUGAUGCACUGGCAAAUUAUUUCAGUAGUGAAUUAGGACAAGUGCCAUGGCAGAUGGAAAAAAUUUAAAAUAUUAUGUACGCAUGUUUAUGUUCACCAUUUUUUUAGUUAAUAACUUAAUAGUAAUACACUUAUUUAAUUAAUAAUAUCAUAUGAAAAUAAAUGAAUAUAGUCAGUAGGUACUCACUAAUUAUUUUUUGUUCUGU